GACGUCAUCUCCGGGCGCCGAGGGUGACUGGACCUACGGUGGGCGCCCGGCGCUGCGGUUCGCUCUGGUUCGGAGGGCGGAAGUGCCCGCCGGGCUGUUUUCUGACCCGGGCGGCGGCACUGUGCGGCUGCGCGCGCACUGGGACUUCUGCUCCUGCGCCUCUGCAGGACGGUGUGAUCCCGGCAGACAGAACCCGACCGAGCGGCUUUCGCGCUGCGGGAAGCCGGAGCAGAGCCGGCACCUCGGUUUGGCUUUGGUUGAAGGAAGAACUUAGCCUAUAUGUACUGCUUCAUCCACUGGAAGAAUGACAGAUGACAAAGAUGUGCUUCGAGAUGUGUGGUUUGGACGAAUUCCAACUUGCUUUACUCUCUAUCAGGAUGAGAUAACUGAAAGAGAAGCAGAACCAUACUAUUUGCUUUUGCCAAGAGUCAGCUAUUUGACGUUGGUAACUGACAAAGUGAAAAAGCACUUUCAGAAGGUUAUGAGACAAGAAGAUGUUAGUGAGAUAUGGUUUGAAUAUGAAGGCACACCCCUGAAAUGGCAUUAUCCAAUUGGUUUACUAUUUGAUCUUCUUGCAUCAAGUUCAGCUCUUCCUUGGAACAUCACAGUACAUUUCAAGAGUUUUCCAGAAAAGGACCUUCUACACUGUCCAUCCAAGGAUGCGGUUGAGGCUCACUUUAUGUCGUGUAUGAAAGAAGCUGAUGCUUUAAAGCAUAAAAGUCAAGUGAUCAACGAAAUGCAGAAAAAAGACCACAAGCAGCUCUGGAUGGGACUGCAGAAUGACAGAUUUGACCAGUUUUGGGCCAUCAACCGGAAACUCAUGGAAUAUCCUCCAGAAGAAAAUGGAUUUCGUUAUAUCCCCUUUAGAAUAUAUCAGACCACGACUGAGCGGCCUUUCAUUCAGAAGCUGUUCCGGCCUGUGGCCGCAGAUGGACAGCUGCACACACUUGGAGAUCUCCUCAGAGAAGUCUGUCCUUCCGCCGUCGCCCCUGAAGAUGGAGAGAAGAAGAGCCAGGUGAUGAUUCACGGGAUCGAGCCAAUGCUGGAAACCCCUCUGCAGUGGCUGAGCGAGCAUCUGAGCUACCCAGAUAACUUUCUUCAUAUUAGCAUUGUCCCCCAGCCAACAGAUUGAAGAGCGUGUCCUCCUCGCUAGAUGGAACCACCUUGAGUCAGGACAACGAGGCGUGACACCCUUGCUUCAGUCAGGUUCGGUGGAGGCAACAGAAACCCGGGCUGCUGCAAGCCAAGGAGAAGAUUCCAUGAGAGAUAGGGCACCCGGGCAGGGCUGAGUGUGCACCACUGCUUCGCUGAGACAGACAGGACCACUGCAGCCUCCUCUUCUCGUGAAAUGCAAUGCAGCCGAAGCCUUUGCUCAAUGAAAAAAAAAAAAAAAUGGAAAUGUGCCACAGUUUGUAUUUCUGAUUAACAAAUAACUGGGGUAUUUCCUAAGGUGACCAUGGUUGAACCUUAGGCAGGAGAGUGGAAACAUUGGUUGAAUUUUCAAUAGAAUUAGACUUAAGAAAGUAAAAGAGAAAUUCUGUUAUUAAUAACUUGCAGUAAUUUUUUUGUAAAAGAUCAAAUUACAGUAAACCCAUCUUUCCUUAAUGAGACUUUCCUGUUUACAGUCAGUCUAUUGGUAUGCAAGCAAUCUUGUAACUUUGAUAAUGAACAGUGAGAGAUUUUUAAAUAAAGCCUCUAACUAUGUUUUGUCAUUUAAUAACAAAGAGUUUGUCACUUUUCAAGGACCUCCUGACUCUCCUAGAGUAAGCCACUUUUUCUUCUGUGUUCCCAUUUCUCACUGGCAUAGCAAGGGUGCGGGGCAUAAGGCAACUUGUCUCAGGAGCUAUCACAGGAUUUAUUACUGUGACUUGAAAAACCUGUCUUCUAUAUACUAAAGGUAUAAAUAAUCCUGUCUGUCUUUGCUGUUAUGUUGGUCACUGUAAACUAUCAAAUCAUAGUAUGCCAAGUAUCUGUCUGCGAUAGUUUUUAAAUAUUUUGAAUCUCCCGUUCCUUUCCAGUGUUUUUGUUUGUUUUGGUUUGGGUUUUUUGUUUUACUUUUUUGUUUUUUGGCUCCUGGAUUACUAUGUCAUUGUGGCCCCUGGCAGCCAGUCUUUAAAGCCUGAAGGUGACCUGUCUCUAGACUGCAGUAGCUUUUCCUUAUCAUUACCAAAAACAUCCAGAGGUUACUGGAACUCCUACCACAGUAAGGACAGUUUGCUGCACUCUCUCAAUGGCUGCUUGGAGACUCCUGCUGUUGAUUUGUGAGCUAGCUUGCUGUCCACAUUGAAUGUCAAUCCAUCUGAGUAUGCUAAAAGAUGAUAUCAUAAAAUAAUGGUUCUAGAUUCAAUAAUAAAGAUGAAUGUUUUCUUAUAAAAAUUA